ACAGUUUUAAAUGGGACACUGAACAGUCAAAAUGUUCCGGCUAAGUAUUAUUUUAUCGUUGCUCUGCGUAUUCCCAGUCAAUGGAGAUUACUACUCGGCUAUAAGUGAGCUGGAAAGACUACUCGACGUGGAGGCUUUUAUAGUAGAAAAGUUCGAUGAAUAUCUUGAAAGGGCUCAGCAAGAACAGGAGAACUUAAAAAGAUUUUUAGAUCAGAUAGACGAGCAGCAAAAUGAUCGUGGCGAUCUCGAGGAAUACUUUGGAAAUCCAAUCAAUGCCUUCAUCACCAUUAAACGCCUCGUUCAUGACUGGAAGUUCAAUGUAUUUGAUCCUGUGUUUGACUCCAGUAAUUUUGAGACCUACAAGAACAACUUAAGUGAUUCGCUCGAGAAGAUCAACUUCAAAGGACCCACCCAAGAGGAUCUACAUGGAGCCACCCGCGCUCUUCUUCGGCUGCAGAAUAUGUACCAACUAAACACGGACCACCUAGCUUCUGGCGUUCUCCAUCCUGGCGAGAAAAACGCACUGGGCACCUCGUUGAGUGCAAGUGACUGUUUUGAGUUAGGCAAGAAUCUCUGCGAGAUUAAGGAGUACUCUUACGGUUCCGAGUGGCUAUUGGAGGCCAGAAAACGAUUGCACGGGAAACCAUUAGGUUUUAUAUCACCCAAUGUGAGCGAUGUCGAGAUACUGGAGCACCUUUCAUCCGCCUUCAAUGGUUUGGGAAAUCUAAAAUUAGCUUAUAAAUUAAAUAAUGAAAUAUUGGAUAAGAAGCCUGAUCAUGAGGAGGCUCUCAAGAACAAGAUAUUGUACGAAGGCCAAUUGGCUAGGGAGCGAAGUUUUGCUCCCAGAAAGCAAGUGGAACUGCCUCAGAUAGCAGAAAAAGAACAAAAGGAGAGCUACAAGCUAUAUACGCAAGUUUGUCGAGGAGAACUCCAUCAAUCUCCGCGGGAGCAGCGGAAUUUGAGGUGCUGGCUCUACCACCAGGGAGUUCCCUACUAUCGUCUUUCCCCUUUCAAAAUCGAGCAAUUGAAUGUCGACCCUUAUGUCGCCUACGUUCACGAAGUUCUGUGGGACAGCGAGAUAGAUACGAUCAUGGAGCACGGCAAGGGUAAUAUGGAGCGUUCAAAGGUGGGUCAAAGUGAGAACUCUACCACAAGUGAGGUCCGGAUAAGUCGCAACACCUGGCUAUGGUACGAUGCGAAUCCAUGGCUUUCCAAGAUUAAACAGCGAUUGGAGGAUGUCACCGGACUGAGCACGGAAAGUGCGGAGCCCCUGCAGCUGGUCAACUACGGAAUUGGGGGACAGUAUGAGCCGCACUUUGACUUCGUGGAGGACGAUGGUCAAAGUGUUUUCAGCUGGAAGGGCAACCGCCUGUUGACAGCUCUUUUCUACCUAAAUGAUGUUGCUCUGGGAGGAGCCACAGCCUUUCCCUUCCUCCGAUUGGCUGUUCCGCCGGUGAAGGGAAGUCUUUUAAUCUGGUACAAUCUGCACAGUUCCACCCACAAGGACUUUCGCACGAAGCAUGCUGGUUGCCCCGUUCUUCAAGGAUCAAAGUGGAUUUGCAAUGAGUGGUUCCAUGUGGGUGCCCAGGAAUUCAGGCGACCUUGUGGCUUGAGCAGUGAUGAGGGAAAGUUUUUGCACUUGAAGGACAUAUAAAAACAGCAGUAAAAUUAUAAUGUAAUCCUUUCAAAUAAAUACUUGUAUUAAUCC